AAUGUCAAUAAAUGACAACUUGUAAAUAGUCUCUAAAUAUUGUCUUUCAGGAACAGUUUAUGUACAUAUCCAAAUAGAAAAUUAAAAAUAACUAAAUAACUAUACAUCAUGUUAAAUAUUAAAAAUCUUGGGUAAUAUAGAGAUAAUUUCGAUUUCAUAAAGUCACUCUUCGGAAUGUCAGUUCACUGGAGUUCUGAAAUAUUAAAAUGGGAAUAUCGCGAGCUCCAGGCCACUGCAAUGACCGUGGAUUACACGGGCAACAACGUACUACUAGCAGGUCGCAGGUGCCUGGCCAUAAAACAAAUAAAUCAGGAAGAAGAUGGCAACGCGGUAAAAAAAUAUCCUCGCCAAAGUAAAUAUGAUGCUGCCGGUGCUGAGUGGUGUCAAUCGUAUCACGGGCAAAAAUUAUGUGCUAUUGCAAGCAACCAGAGAGUUGAUGUGUAUGAAUGGAGAGAUGGCAAUGAUUUGACAUGUAUAUGUUCACUCCGUGGCCACACACGGGUUGUUAGUGACACACACUUCCACAGACAAGAUCACAAUCUUAUAGCAACUUGCUCCAUAGAUACAUUCACUCAUAUGUGGGAUUUGAGAGAUGCUCGAAAACCUGUUGUGUCGCUAUGUGCAGUGGCUGGUGCUUCACAAGUGCAGUGGAAUAAAGUAGCAUCACACAUAGUAGCCACAGCCCAUGACGGUGAUAUUAAAAUAUGGGAUUAUCGAAAGCCAUCCUCUCCAAUACAUUACAUAUCUGCACAUUUAUGUAAAAUCCACGGAGUAGACUGGAGCCCGCACCAUGAGUAUCAGCUAGUUACAUCUAGUCAUGAUGGAAGCAUUAAAUACUUUGAUAUUAACAACGCAAGAAGACCUGAGAAUGUAAUUAUGACAAACUUCCCAGUAUGGCGAGCCAUUUAUACUCCAUUUGGCAGUGGUUUGUUGACAAUUGGUGUGGGCUGGGGUGGUCUGCCUCGUGCUGAACAAGCGGGAGUUAUUGGUAUAUGGGUUGGAGGUACUCUAACACAUAGACUAGUGGGACAUACAGACACGGUUCAAACUAUGGUGUGGAGAUCAAAUACCUCCCCAUCAAAUUAUCAGUUGGUUACAUGGGGAAGAGAUCAAUCUUUAAGAGUUUGGGCUAUGCAUCCAUCUUUGUUAAAAAUGUGUAACCAUUAUCUACCAGAUGAUGAAAAUGAUGAAGACAACAAUAGUGACGCAGUGAGCUAUGCCUCUACAGCUGGUUCAACAAAUGAUGUUUCUUUUGGUGACAAAGGACAAGAUAUGAUUUCUUCGCAGAAUAAACUACCGCAUAAAACCUCAAUAGAUGAAGAAUUUGAAUCAAUUAGAGAAAUGGCAAAUAUUGAAGUUACAGACAUGAAUAUAGAAACACGAACUUGUCAAAUCCAUUCCGAACGAAAUGGUUAUGUAGCCAAUUUACAGGUUACUUUCCCUAGGAAUGUUACUGAACAGAUCAUACCAAAGUUCUCGUGGCUGUCAGGAACUAAUGUGGACAGUCUCAUAACCAUAAAGAUACUGCAAAGCAUUAAUAGAACUGCUUAUCGUAAAAAGAAAGAAGGACACAGAUGUUUGUUACAUUGUUUAAAAACAUUAGCAAAGUCAAUUGAUGAGAUACCCGUGAAGAAUGACGACACAGACUCGAUGAAAUCGAGUCAAAGAAGUCAGUCGGAGUGUGAGAAUGCAGGCGAUUCGUGUAUUCCUUUCCCUCGAACAUGCGGGGCUAAGUGGUGCGGUGUUAGUACGUUAGUGGUAUUCAACCGUCCCCCGAACACCAGGAGGCUGUCAUUGAAGCACGAGACUGGAACACCUCGGUCAAUGUCAUCGUUAUCCUUGAUGCCGGGUUUAUUCAACACCGGCUACAGUUCUGUGUCGCCUCACGCCACCACGACUCCGUCGCCGACGAACCCGCCGGGCUUCCCGCAAUUACAUCACAAGCACCCGUCCUAUUCAAUCACAACGUUCUAUUUUCAAGAUCGAUGGAAGGCACAAGGUCGCCGCGCGGGCAGCAUCCGCAGUCGCGGAAGUAUAUCCGGGUGCUCAUCGCCUAGAGUGGUACUGUAUGCUGCGACAGAUCUCUUCCCACUUAAUCGUACUCUUGCUGAAAAAUACGUAAUUAAUUCUGAUAAUCCGAUCGACAUGUGCGAAACAAACGCUAAAGUGGCAACGGAAGAAGGAGAACGUGACCUCGCGCACGCCUGGUCUCUGGCCGCGCUUACCGCUAAAGCUCUGAAAGCGAAAGUUGUCGAUCAUCUGACUUCCAGCGAAGAAAGCAUGGGCUGGGUUGGACAUCCUCUGUGCUGUAAUCUACUGCAAUCCUUAAUAUCGCAUUACGCUAAAGCGUCGAACGUGCAGAUGGCCGCAAUGUUGGCCUGUGCGUUUUCAAUAUUUAACGAAACUAGUAAUUCUAGUUCCCAAUCAACUAUCAGUAGUUCCAGUUAUGGCAAUGGAACUUCACCGUACAGCACCGUAAAUCAGUACAGUGAAAUCAGCGCUGACGGUUGGACCCUGCCCAUAGUGCUCCGAAGCAACUCUUGUUCGGAGGCGGAGAAUUUCUACACGGACUCGACCGUUUCGAAAUCCGAACGCACAUCAUCGUGCGUACUGGACGAGACGACCGUCCACUCGUACCACUGCUUCAAGAGAGUCUACGCCGACAUAUUACAUCGAUGGCAACUGAUAUACAAGAAAACGGAGGUGAUGAAACAAGUGAGCGGGCGGCAGCAGACGGGCGAGGUGCGGUACGCGGGCCCCGAGUCGCUGUCGGAGUGUGCGUGGUGCGGCGCGGGACGCAGCGGCGUGCGCUGUGCGGCGUGCGGCCGUGCGGCGCUGCGGUGCGCGGUGUGCGCGCUCGCCGUCCGCGGCCUCGCCUGCGCGUGCGCCUACUGCGGACACGCCGGCCACGCCGCACACAUGCUCGCCUGGUUUGCGGAACGCGACACUUGCCCCACGGGUUGCGGAUGCAAAUGCGUUAUGGAAGGAAAUUCAGGAUGGAAAGGAGUGAAGUACUGAACUAUUUACCAUUAACAUCUUCAUAACUUUAAAUCCAAGUUAAAAUUAAACGCUGUUGAGAUUUUGUAAUAUUUUUUUUCUUUCUUAUCAAGACUUCAAAUUCUUUUAUAUUUCUGCUAAUAUCUGUACUUUCUGUAAAGUUAGGAUAAAACAAAAAGGUGCUUACUUAUAUUUAUCAUAUAAUCAAAUCGAGCGUGCUAAACGUAUAAUAUAUUUUCUUCAAAAAGCAAUAAUAUAUUUUUAAUUAAAAAAUGUUUCGGUAACUAUUUAAGUUAUUUUUAAGUAAUCUAAUUUCUCAUGUGUAAUUUUAUACAGAGACACGUGCCUGGAUAAUGUGUCUAUGUAAUCUAACCGCUUUCGUGUCGUAUUUCAUAGAUUAGAAUACGAAAACCUGAUCGCAGGAGCACGUACCGUGGACGCAAUCAAAGAUUCAACAUUUAAAUCAGUAUAUUCUUACUUUAAUAUCAUAUCAAAUAUGGGGCGAGAUAUUAAAAUGAUCAGCCGGUAAUUGACUGCAGAGCAAUUUUUGACAAAGUUUUAAAUGCUGACGCCAAACAUUACCAUUAUUGAAUCUUAUAACAAACUGCUUUCAAAUUUAGUUGUACACUAAAAAUGUUUAUGUAUGUACAUACAGAAUAAAGACAUGUGUAUUGUUUAUAAAAAAAUAACGUUGCGUAUAUAUUUUAAAACAUUUAAUAAAAUUUGUACAUAUUAAAGCUACUGUAUCGUGCAUGUUACAGUUUGUUUCAAUUAUUAUUUUUUUAAAUUACUAUUUUCUAAGCGUUACUUGUUAAGUUAAAUUAAUGAAGACUGCCGAAUUUUAUGUACAUUCGAAUAAAGAAGAUUUCGAUAAAUA